CCAACCAUCGAAAUCCCUGGGGGAUCGGGGUUAGAAUAGAUCCUCAGUACCCCCUUGCUUGUCGUAAGAGGCGACUCAAUGGGGCGGUCCUUCGGAUGAGACCUCAAAAACCAAGGUCCUGAUAAAGAUCCCCCUCCCUGCUCAAUGGCCAUAAAUAGACGUUCUAUAUUUAUUUGUAUUUAUACGCGCAAUGACUUUGAUAUUGGAAGCGAAGAAUUGGAGGCAGAGUUAUAGGCCUAUUUACUGUACUAUUAUGGUAUCCUGGUGUUUUUUUUCAACAGCCAUCACGGCCAUAUGAGUGAGACUGGUUUCGAGGCUCGAACAAUUAUGUUCAUGUCAGGGCACCGCUGCUGCGAGUCUUCAUUACAAUCUUACGACAGAUAUAUCUCAAGUGAACUAAAACUCUGUCAGUUCGUGCUCAUCUUCUUUUACUCCCUUCCAAAACUUGCAAAAACCUGACCAAGUGCUUAACGUCAACUUGAUCCAUCCCAUCGUCGGAAACCCACGACCGACCGUGGGUUUCCGACAAUGAAUCCAUCCAUCCUCCGUCAAUUCUUUCAGAUCCCCCGAAUUUCUGUCCAAAUCUGUGUUCAACUAUUGCGUUUUCAACUUCAAAUAGGCCAAGGGUUUCUCGACCCAUUGCUGAUCGACCAAAUCACAUCUCGGGUAGCCUUAGCGUUAUACCCUCGUGUAUUUUCAAAAAUGAAAUCUAUUGUAUAUAUUUACAUUUUACUUUCAUUUCUGUCCGAAUAUUCUAAGUCGUUCAAAUAGUCGUACUAUAUUUAUCAAGAUUCAUACGCGCAUUGUUUACAUUCAUGACGAAAUGGCUAUCAUUACAAUUGAUAAAGAUAUCGAAGGUAAAAACAUUGUAAAUGUGAAUAUUAUCUCAAGAAGACAAUGACAUCGAGGGUGUAUCAUUUACUAGGUUUAGUGCUAAUUGAUUGUCUAAUCUUGAUAUCUGUAUUGGAUUUGGUAAGAUCAUUAUGUGGACAUAAUGAGUUAUAACACAUUAUGAGUCAGUUCUGUAUAUAUUAACGAUAUCGAAUCAAUAUUGGGAGUAGGAUAUAUUCACUGUGUGUAGUUUUAAAGUAAUGACCACUAUAACCAUCGAUCGCCAUUCGUUAAUACGAUUUAAAGGAGCUAGGUAACGAAUGGUAUUUGAUGUACUCUCUUGUAUAAGUAAUUAAUAUAUUUGCACAGUCAGUGUUAAAAGAGAAUGUUAAACUGUACCAUAUACAACCUUCACCUGAAAAAAUAUUUUGACCUUGACGGGAAAAAGGAAGGUCAAAAUAGUAUGCAAGUCUUAGUCAAGAAAUGACAAGGACAGAUGAACUAAAUCGAACAUAUACACAUAGCAUUAAUUCCGAGGUUAGGUCAUCGAUAUUUCACUUUGAAUUAGCACACGAUCUUACGCAUACACUUGUCAAGAAUUGCAAGCCCUGAUCAAAACAUUUGUAAUAUUACGUACACGUAUGUCCAAAAUGUGUAAUUAGUUUACUCUAAAUGUAUGGUUAAGGAUGUUAGCUCCUAAGUUUUUGAGGAUAACUGCGCAAGAUGCUACAACUAAGUAGCUGAUCCAAUUGAUGCAAACAUAUUACAUAUCUAUUGCUAAACCCUUUCUAGUUGAAAAAAAAUUGUGUCAAUUCAGAUUUUGAAAUGAGAAAAACAAGAGGAGGAAGAAAUGGAUUUAAAAUUAAAACACCAUAGCCAUUCCAUUAAAACAUUGUUUCAAUGAGCACGUAAAUAAAGCAACUGUUAAAUGUAUGCAAAGUACUAAAAUAUCUGAAGUCUAGAGGCUCUAUCAGAAGUAACAUUAAUUUAAAAGCUCUACCACGGUGCCGUGAUGCUUCAUGCCGACGAUAUGUUUGACCAUGAAAUUCCGCUAUAAAUCUGAACACCUGAUAUUGUCUUGCCAGGAGAAAUGAUGGGACUUAUGUGAUAAUGACAGUGUUGGACACAUUCCGUGAUCUAAUAUUGAUGAAAAAAAAAUGAUUUCUCAGGAAUAAUAAUGCCACUCCACCCCGUCAAUCAGCUUAUGAUAAAGCUCGGAAAACCAGCCAACGGACAGAAGAGACUCGCUAGGCACAAGUCGUGUUAUACGGGGAGCGGUGGUUCAGGUUUGUCAUAAAACGGAUAGUCCACCUUAAUAUGAGAUCGAAACAGUGAAAGAGAAGGCGAGCACCAUAUGGACUGAGGAGAGCCGCAAGGGGCUGUUAGAAAGCUUCAUUUGCACGUUCUCAAGCUGAGAUUCAGAAUUUUCAACAUUAUUGUAAGUUUUAUACAGUGUGUUAUUUCACAAUAUUUACAUUUCCUAUGUGUUUGCCUUUGGUGUCUCUACAGAUUGUAAUGAUAACCAUUUCUUCAUGAAUGCGUUGCAGUUGUAAACAAUGCGUUUGGUGAAUAUAGUAAGUUCGUCUAUUCUAACGACUGGAGAGUCCGACAGAAAUGAAAGGAGACUGUAAUUAUAAGAUUUUUGGAAUUGCUUGAAGGAAUGAACUGCAAGACACCGGCAUAUGUGUGCUUUCACGAAGAGCUAACUCGCUUCUUGAAGUAUGCUGGCGUAAAGCGUGGCGGUUCAUACAAUAAUGUAUUUUCAAAAAUGAAAUUUAUUUUUUAAGUAUAGAGUGUAGAAAUUGUGUUGCCUUUUGAAGUAUCAUGUCGAUACAUGUGUUUGCCCAACUAUCUACUUUGUAUUGCUUAUAGGAGUUAUGAGAUUGAUCACUGUUCGUUAUCUUCACCUUUCAUAUGCAAAAUAAUAUCUAAUGGUAUUAAGUGAAAAGUAAGUUGGCGCAUGAAGUAUGGGUUCUGAAGGGCUCUGGACAUAUAAGGAUUUCACUAAAUUGCUUAUCCAAUUUACUUUUCUUAAUUUUGAGUAUGUACAGGAUACCAUACAUUAUGAUUAGUCUAUAAAUCUAUACUAAUUUUUACAUUUUAUUAAAACAUCUCUCUACAUUCGUCCUAUACGACUUACUUUCUUUGCGAACAAUUAAUCAAAACAUAAAACUUUAUUUUGAAAUUCUAAAAAAAAAAAAUAAUAAUGAUUUUUUUGUUUUCUUUUGAAAGCUCAAUUCUUACCAAAUCAACUAAAAUGGCGAGUUACACUUUUCUGAUGGACAUCGGAAAUACAUCGCUCUCAGAUUCAGACAUUGCUACCAUGGUGAAACUUUCCAUCACCGGAAGUGGGUUUUCAUUGGUCGGAACCAUGCUUUCUUUGUGUCUGAUCUGCUUUCUACCAGUAACAUCGGAUGGUAUGUUCAUUCUGAUCAACAUGAAUGUGUCACUCAUUGGGGCCCAGCUAGCAUUGAUCGGUGCAGAGAAUUCUUUCGAAAGCAGGAUGGUAUGCAAAACUGCAACGGCUGUUAUUCACUACUUCUUCCUGGCGCUCCAGUUCUGCUUUUUAUCAUUUGGACUCCAUCUACUUUCUAAGCUGAAAUCACUGCCGUUUCUGGACAAGGCCCACAAACGCAUGAUCUUCCUGUUUGUCUGCUGGAUCCCAGCCAUGGUAGUGGUCGGCUUGACAGCGGCUCUCAGGGGGGACACCUACGGUCUAGGGACACUAUGUUGGUUGACGGCGGAUCAAGGAACUCGAUGGGCGUUUGUUGGACCUACGCUAGCAAUACAGUUGGUUAAUCUGAAUGUAUUUGGUUUGAUAAUGACCACAAGGUUCGCAAUGGAUAUCAAAAGAAACUAUGGUUUUAAACGUGUUGCAAAAAAUCAGUUAUUGACUGCUAUUUCCCUUAUUCCUGUACUGGGUCUUAUGUGGACGCUUGGACUAGCCACGACGUUCGGAAUAUCCAAGAUCAUCCAGUAUUUCUUUGUAGCUCUGUCGUCCACUCAGGGAAUGUGCAUAUUCCUUGGUCACGUGAUGACGAACAGUAACGUAAGAAAGUUACUAUGCCUUAAGAUGAAACCGGAAGAAGAAAAUGAGGUGGACUCAUCUGUUACAAACGGAAUCAGUAACGAAGUCACAUACGUAUCUCAAAUCUCUGAAAUGGUUGACUUGCCUAGAGGUAGUAUAACAAACUGUGAGAAGGAAAAAGAAAAACCCGUCUCUGAAGCUGACAUCCACAUCGCUUCCAAACACCUGCUUAACGUUCCCGAGGGAAAGUGCCGAUUACGCACCCCGCGACACAGCCUCAAGUAACGAGAAAUCCUAUCAGAUGUUUCCCCCGCACCAUACAUAUGUACAUUGAUUAUUGUAAUGUCAACAAAAAACAUAAUAUGUACGAAUAUUGUAAGUACAUGUAUAUUCCUUGUUUCGUAUGUGUGUGUGUAUGUAAAACAACUCAUACCUUAUGAUACAACAAUUAAUCCAGGUAUUUCACGGAAGACGAUCAGAGUAACACGGUGACAUCUAUAUUUAGACAAUAAGGUAGUGACGUAAUAGUAAGCGAGUAUCUACCUUGAUGCCUGAUCUUCCCUUUAAAAUGGAUCGAAAUGUUUUAUUUUAUGCAGUACAUUUUGUAUACGAUAUUAUGUAUGUAUGCUACCGCAAUAAAAAUAAUUGCAAGACAUUGAAACAGGAUCAGCAUUUAUAGUAAUAUAUAUAUACAUUCAUGAAUACCGUAUAACGGGUAUUUUCUGCGGGUAAAAUUUUUCGAUUCCGAUCCAUAAAAGAUAGCAAAUUAUGCAUUUCCAAUUUCUACGGUUGCAUUACAUUAUUAUUGAUCACUGUUCGUUAUCUUCAAUUUUCACAUAUAUAUACCUCUCUCUCUCUCUCUCUCUCUCUCUCUCUCUCUCUCUCUCCAUGUAUAUAUAUCGAUUGUAAUUUGUGUGGAUUUUUCCUAUUCGCAAAAAAUGGACAACCGCAGAAAAUAUCCGUUAUACAUUACUUUAUGUUUAGCUGAUAACGCAACCCACUACAGCGUAGCUUGUAUCAGUGUCAAUGAUAACUGUUGUUAGAACGGACCUUCUAUAGAAAUAGAACAGUACUAUGUAACAACUCACCACCUUUACAUGUAAGUAUGUACAGCUGUCUACAAUUCACAUUCAUUACGAUAUAGUAGUGCCCUUCAUUUUGUGAGAUAAGUAAUACUCUCAGUUAUACCCCCGCCGUACAUGUACCUAACAGCCAACUUUAUUCAUGGACUCAAAGACAAUUAUGUGUGUAUUGGUAAUAUAUUGGGUGUUUUAAAAGUACUUUAAGUUGUAAACAUGGAUAUGUGUUGUACAAGAUUUCUGGGGAUAUUUCACAUAGCUGAAAGGAUUGCAAAGUGAUUUUGAAAUCAUUACAUUUUGUGUUUUAACUACACUUUUAAAACAAUGUCUAAUGUUUGCUAUAUUUACUAUUGUUUUCAGAAAAUAUGAAUGUAAUGUUAUUGUGUAUUUGUUGUUGAAUAAACUGUUAUAAAUUUA